AUAGCAUAAAGUUAAAUCACAUUAAACUAACAUAUUACUUUAUUAACAAUGUUCUUUUUCAAAUGUGUAUUGUCUAUAAAUUUUCGAAAGUUCUACUAUCUCGUGUGAAAUUUGCCGUAAUUCGUAUGAAAAAUUAGAUUUGUUUUCAAAAGAUGAACCGUUAUUUUAAAACUGUGCGCAUGCAGAGAAGAUAAUGUGACGCAAUAUACAGCAAUGUACAAUCUCGAUUGGGGAAAUAAACCGACAAUGCUAUAUAGUGUGAAUCGGACUGAAUCAGGCACAGUUUGCGUUUACUUGAGAAAGCGAGUGGACGGUGAACUAUCAUCGAUGUUGGGCAUAUGCCAAUAUAUCGUAUAAUUGUGCAUUUCUACGGACGACUGUCUUGUGGCCAGAUACAACCUUUACUCGAAAUUGGAGAUAUCUAUUAGUUAAUGUAUAACAUCUUAUCAAGUGUCUCAGAAAACUUAUGAAGAAAUACGAUAAACUGUAUAAUCGAAAUAUAACUGAAUAAGAAAACUAAUGAAAAAGUAAAUGUAUCAUUAGGCAGAAUCAAACUAUGGAUCAAUUUUGUGGUACCAAAUUUUGGGAUAAUGACAAAGUAUGGAAUACACACGAUCCAGAUAUCCCAGAAUGUUUUCAAAAAACUAUAUUACUAUGGGUACCAUGCUCAUUUUUAUGGCUUUUCUCUGCGAUAGAAGUUUAUUAUCUUAUAAACAGUAAAAGAAAGAAUAUUCCAUAUACAUGGUUAUAUGUUUCUAAACAAGUGUUUAUAGCAGCAUUAAUUGUACUUAGUAUCAUUGAUUUAGGAGAGGCUAUACAUAGAAGUACUUCUCGGUUUGUUUAUAGUGUUGAUUAUUGUACACCGUUAGUGAAAAUAAUUUCUCUUAUUCUAGUAUUUACAUUAGUAGUAUAUAAUAGAAAAUGUGGAAUGCAAACCUCUGGACUAUUGUUUUUAUUUUGGUUUCUUCUUGCACUGUGUGGAGUUGUUCAAUACAGAAGUUUACUAAGGCAAUAUAUCAAUGGGGGAGAAGUAACCUAUUCCUUUGUAUCGUACAUGAUAUAUUACCCAAUAGUGGUACUUCUGUUCUUGUUGAACUUUUUGGUUGAUGCAGAACCAAAAUAUUCUGAAUAUCCAAGGGUAGAAAGACCAUGUCCAGAGCAAAAAUCUUCCUUUCCUGCAAAAAUUUUGUUUAGUUGGUUUGAUCCAAUGGCAUGGCAAGGCUUCAAAAAACCUUUGGAAGCUACAGAUUUAUGGUCUAUGAAUGCAGAGGAUACAGCUAGUGAAAUCGUACCAAGAUUUGAUAAAUAUUGGAAUAAAAAUGCACAAAACAGUAACAAAGUAUUUUGGACUUGUUUUAGUGUACAAAGCACUAAGGCAUCGUUUAGAAAGUCAUCGGGUCAAGUAGAUUUUAAUAGCGGACGUAGAAAGAAGGUAUCGUCGGUUUUACCACCUCUUUGUAAAGCUUUUGGUGCUACUUUUCUAUUUGGAGCUCUACUUAAAUUUGUGCAAGAUAUUAUGGCUUUUGUUAGUCCACAAAUAUUGAAACUACUCAUUCAAUUUAUCGAGGGGCAUGAAACAAUCUGGAAAGGCUAUUUGUAUGCAGUUUUACUCCUGGUUACAGCUAUAUUUCAAACAUUAAUUUUAUCACAAUACUUUCAUCGCAUGUUCUUAGUUGGAUUGCGAAUACGUACUGCAUUAAUAGCUGCAAUUUAUCGAAAGGCAUUAAGAAUGUCUAAUUCUGCCAGAAAGGAAUCAACACUUGGUGAAAUAGUGAAUUUAAUGUCUGUGGAUGCGCAGAGAUUUAUGGAUUUAACAGCGUACAUAAAUAUGAUUUGGUCUGCACCGCUGCAAAUAAUGUUAGCUUUAUACUUUUUGUGGGAAAUAUUAGGACCAGCUGCACUUGCUGGUUUAGCCGUUCUACUUAUUCUUAUCCCAAUAAACGUAUUGAUCACAAAUAGAGUGAAAACAUUGCAAAUCAGACAAAUGAAGCACAAAGAUGAAAGAGUGAAGUUAAUGAAUGAAGUUCUCAAUGGUAUAAAAGUAUUAAAGUUAUAUGCAUGGGAACCUUCGUUUGAAGAGCAAAUACUUAAGAUACGUAUGAAAGAAAUCAAAGUAUUAAAGGAAGCUGCAUAUCUUAAUUCUGGAACAAGUUUUAUCUGGUCUUUUGCUCCCUUUUUAGUAUCCUUAGUAUCCUUUGCAACAUAUGUACUUAUAGAUGAAAACAAUCGUUUAGAUAGCAAAAUUGCUUUUGUUUCACUCAGUCUUUUUAAUAUCUUAAGGUUUCCUCUUUCUAUAUUACCUAUGAUGAUUGGUAACAUGGUUCAGGCUUACGUGUCCGUAAAACGUAUUAACAAAUUCAUGAAUACAGAAGAAUUGGACCCUAAUAAUGUUCAACACGAUCCAUCCGAGCCACACGAACUAUUAAUCGAGAAUGGCACUUUUACAUGGGAUAUGGAAAAUGUUGAAAAACCAACAUUAAAAAAUAUCAAUAUACAAGUAGAACAGGGUCAGUUGGUAGCUGUUGUUGGUACAGUGGGAUCAGGUAAAAGUUCUCUUAUAGCUGCAUUUCUUGGAGAGAUGGACAGAAUAAGUGGCAGAGUUAAUACAAAAGGCUCGAUUGCAUACGUAUCUCAACAAGCAUGGAUACAAAAUGCAUCAUUGCAAGAUAAUGUUUUAUUUGGAAAACCAUUGCAUAAAAGCUCGUAUAAUCGUAUAAUUGAUGCAUGUGCAUUGUGUCCAGAUUUAAAAAUAUUGCCUGCAGGUGAUCAAACUGAAAUUGGAGAAAAGGGUAUAAAUUUAUCGGGUGGACAAAAGCAAAGAGUAGCAUUAGCAAGAGCAGUGUACAAUGAUUCCGAUGUUUAUUUCUUGGAUGAUCCGUUGAGUGCUGUAGACUCACAUGUCGGAAAACACAUAUUUGAAAAUGUGAUUGGCAGUAGUGGUCUGCUUAAGAAGAAAACAAGAAUACUUGUUACGCAUGGCAUUACCUACUUACCAGAGGUCGAUAAUAUCAUUGUACUUAAAGAUGGCGAAAUAACAGAAGUUGGAAGUUACAAACAGCUUCUAGAGAAAAGGGGAGCUUUUGCUGAAUUUUUAGUGCAACAUCUUCAAGAAGUUGGAAAUCUGCAUGCUGAUGAUGGCUCAGAAGCAGAUUUAAAUGAAAUUAAACAACAAUUGGAAUCAACGAUAGGAUCAAGCGAACUGCAACAGAAAUUAGCAAAGGGUAAAUCAAGAGUAUCAGAAAGUCACAGUGAGUCUGGUUCUAUACCCGACAGAAAAUCAUUAAAUGGCUCUUUAAAACGACAGUAUUCUACAGAUAGUCAACAAUCUGGAAGUUAUUUACACAGUAAUAAUCAAAAGGAGACAAAAUUGAAAUCGCUAAAAUUACCAGAAAAAUUAAUAGACGUAGAAAAAAGUGAGACUGGAAGUGUUAAAUGGCAAGUGUAUUCUCAUUACUUCAAAUCCAUUGGAUGGUUUUUAUCGAUAUCAACUAUCAUAAUGAAUGCUAUUUUCCAAGGAUUUAGUAUUGGUUCAAAUUCUUGGCUUGGUCUAUGGUCCGAUGAUAACUUGACAGAUUAUAAUAAAAAUAAUACAUUCGAUAGAGCAAAACAAGAUCUAUAUCUUGGAGUAUAUGGUGGACUUGGUCUUGGACAGGCGAUGGCGAGUUUUUUCUGCGAUUUGGCACCGCAGCUGGGCUGUUGGCUGGCUGCUCGCCAGAUGCACAUAGUGAUGCUGCGUGCUGUGAUGCGUGCUCCAUUGACCUUCUUUGAUACGACUCCUACUGGUCGUAUUAUCUCCAGGUUUGCUAAAGACGUCGACGUCCUGGAUACAUCUCUUCCUCAACAAAUUUCUGAUAGCAUCUAUUGCUUGUUUGAGGUUAUAGCCACUCUAGUGGUUAUAAGUUUUAGCACACCAAUAUUUAUAGCAGUUAUAAUACCAAUAGGUGUACUUUAUUACUUUAUUCAACGACUAUAUGUUGCAAGUUCCCGACAACUGAAACGUUUAGAAUCCGUUUCAAGAUCUCCUAUAUACUCGCAUUUUAGUGAGUCAGUAUCUGGGGCACAGAUGAUCAGAGCAUUUGGUGUACAAGAACGAUUUAUUCGUGAAUCCGAAAGUAAAGUGGAUUUUAAUCAAGUGUGCUAUUAUCCUAGUAUAAUUGCAAAUAGGUGGCUGGCAGUACGUUUGGAAAUGGUUGGAAACUUAAUUAUCUUUUUUGCUGCAUUUUUUUCUGUAUUAAAUAGAGAUACUAUGGCGUCCGGUACAGUUGGUCUGUCUGUCAGUUAUGCCUUACAAGUUACUCAGACAUUAAAUUGGCUAGUAAGAAUGACUUCUGAUGUUGAAACAAAUAUAGUAGCGGUAGAAAGAAUAAAAGAAUAUACAGAAACUCCUCAAGAAGCAGCGUGGAAAAAUCCGAAUUAUACGCCGCCUAAUGAAUGGCCUACGCAGGGACACGUUGAAUUUAUAGAUUACAAAGUUCGUUAUAGAGAAGGCCUAGAACUUGUACUUCAUGGAUUAACAUUUACCAUUAAAGGGGGGGAGAAAGUUGGUAUUGUCGGUAGAACCGGUGCUGGAAAGUCUUCAUUGACAUUGGGUUUAUUUAGAAUAAUAGAAGCAGCUGCGGGACAAAUUUUUAUCGAUGAUAUUGAUAUUGCCAAAUUGGGUCUGCAUGAUCUAAGAUCUAGAUUAACUAUCAUACCCCAAGAUCCUGUACUAUUCUCAGGAAGUUUGAGGAUUAACUUGGAUCCUUUCAAUCGUCACACUGAUGACGAAAUAUGGAGAGCUUUGGAACACGCGCAUCUUAAAUAUUUUAUAAAAAAUUUGCCAAAUGGUAUUUUACACGAAGUAACCGAAGGUGGAGAAAAUUUGAGCAUAGGUCAACGACAGUUGAUAUGUUUAGCAAGAGCAUUACUUCGAAAAACAAAAGUACUUAUUCUCGACGAAGCAACAGCAUCAGUCGAUCUAGAAACAGAUGAUUUAAUACAAACAACAAUUAGACAAGAAUUUAAAGAUUGUACGGUUCUUACAAUAGCUCAUAGACUUAAUACAAUUCUCGAUUCAGACAGGGUCAUUGUACUGGAUAAUGGACUUAUUGUGGAAUACGAGUCCCCAGAAGCGUUACUUAAUAAUUCGUCUACUGUAUUCUAUAGUAUAGCUAAAGAUGCAGGCCUUGCAACUUAAAUGAAGCGCAUAUCAUGAGUAUUG